ACUGAAGAUAUAUUCGUAGGAAAAGCAUCUUUCAAAUCCUGCAUUCAAAAGCCGAAUUAAGGGGUGGUUUCGCUUUCUGCCACUUGUUUAUUCGCGUACAAUACCACGUAUGUAUAUUUGAGUCGUGGAUACUCUAAAUACCUUCGAGCACCAGAGCUUCAAAAACUCAAAUUCCUUUCCUGCUAUUCAGUGAACUCUACAAAUUGUCGACAGUGUGGAGGGGAGUUGAUCAUUUCUAAGUUUCUAAGGCCCUUAUAUGUACCAUCCAGAGAAUGGUCAAUGUGCACAGAACUGAAUAGUAAAAGUCUUUUUGGGAGGUAGUGAUUGGCAUGGACCAGAAAAUAGAUAUACAAGCUCUUGUUGCUCAUCACCAUAUGUCUCAAGCUGGCAACAAUGACAUCAGAAGCCAGCAUCUGGUUUCUACAUCUACCCUACGUCGGAAGAGUGCAGAUAUUCGUCUUGUCGGACGACACUCAGAGGUCUAUGAACCAUGCGACGAUUCAUUUGCACUUGUUGAUGCCCUACUUGCAGAUCGGGUUCACCUUGAGGAAGCUCAGCCAAGCUUGUGUCUAGAACUUGGGUGUGGGAGUGGAUAUGUAAUUACAUCCUUGGCACUUAUGCUUGGGCAGGAAACUGGGAUUCAAUAUCUUGCUACAGACAUUAGUUCGGCUGCAACUGAGGUGACACACAAGACAUUAGCAGCUCAUGGUGUACAUGCAGAUGUAAUUUUGGCUGAUCUUGCAUCAGGUCUGGACAAGCGUUUAGCUGGAAUUGUCGAUGUACUUGUUGUCAAUCCCCCUUAUGUACCCACUUCAGAGGAGGAGGUUGGUGGUGACGGAGUCACUGCUGCAUGGGCUGGUGGUGAGAAUGGUCGGACUGUCAUAGACAGGAUACUGGCACUUGCAGACAUCCUCUUAUCAAGCAAAGGUUGGUUUUAUCUUGUCACGUUAACUGCCAAUAACCCUUCCGAAAUUUGUUUAAUUAUGAAACAAAAGGGGUUUGCAUCUCGAAUUAUAGUUCAGAGGUCUACAGAGGAAGAAAGCCUUCAUGUGCUUAAGUUCUGGCGUGACCCUUCUGAAAUUACAACUGACAUUGGAACAAGCCCACCUCAAUCUUUGACUCGUCGUCUUUCUCGCCUGGCAUUUUGGAAGAAUAGCUGAAGUUAUAAUUUUUAUUAACAGUAUAUUGAGAAAGUUGGUUUACAAGAAUCUCCUGCAAUCUGGGCUGGUUUUGUAAUCCGACUUCUCUUUACUGUACAGUGUGUAAUAUAGCAUCAAAAAACAAGAUCAUCUUUAAGGAAUAUUCAUUUGCAGUUGGUUAAGUUGUCAAAAGUUAGCAUGUAUCUAAUCGAACAAAACUGUAUUUUUUGUUUCCAAACACAUCAUGACAAAUUAUUGACUCAGCUUAUUAUACUAUAUUGAGAUAGAGAACUUUUCAAUAUAUACCUUUCUAGAUAUUUACACUUG